AUGCUAUUUUCUGCAGGGUGCUGCCGCCAGCGACACCUGCUGGUUGGGAUAAUUAACACAUUUCGUACGGCACUCUGGCAGCGUCGGAGACCAUGAGGGGGUGGUGUGGGCUGGAGACGACGAGAGCGACACCACGAGAGAGACGCUGAAAAGCGGAAAGAGACUUUGGGAGAAAUAAAAUAAAAUAAUUGUAAACGCUGCAUCGGAUGGUUGUGCCAGUUCCUGUGGUCCCAGACGAACCCGAACCUAAGCCUUGCUACAGUGGCGCCCAACAGGAAAGCGGACCAGGAAGAGGAUGUCGGCACCAACCCCUUUGGAGGCGCUGGGCCAAGUUCUGGCCGAGGUGUCAGCGGCGAGCAGACAGCAGACCCAAGUGCUGCGAGUGCUGAUGAACAGAGCAGAGGCAGCGGGAGGGAUGUCCUCCAUGAAGCGCAUGGUGGAGGGGGAGGACCCCCAGGCAUUCCUGGACGUCUUCGAGGCCACGGCGACGUCGUGCAAGUGGCCGGAGGAGGAAUGGGGCGCGAAGCUGCUGCCGCUCCUGGUGGGGGAGGCGCAGCGGGCGGCGCUGAGUCUCCCGGUGACCGCCCGCAUGCAGUACGCCGAUCUACGCCACGCCAUCCUGGACCGGGUCGGCAGCAGCCCCGAAGACCACCGCCGAAAGUUCCGGGCCAUGAAGUUGGGGUCAGAGGACCGGCCCUUCGUGUUGGCAUACCGGAUGAGGGACGCGGCAACCCGGUGGCUCCAGCCCAAUGGGCUGGACCCAAAGAUGUUGGAGUCCAUCAUCCUAGAACAAUUUAUUGAUGCCCUCCCGGCCAGGACCUCAGCAUGGGUGCGGUACCACAGCUCCCCAGAUGUAAAAACAGCGGUGAAACUGGCGGAGGAGCACCUGGCGGUCCAGCGGGAGGCGACCCCAAAGACAGCCGAAAGGCCCACCCCAGCACCCCGCCGACGACUCGCCCCGCUAUGGGGGGGAUGGAGGAGACGUCCCGGGAGCAGCGACCACGCACGGCCGAGCCACCCAGAGCCAACGAGCAGGUCCCCCACGCGGGCAGCCAACAAAAAAUCGCACCCACACGCACCCACAUAUACACAGCAAGGGGGGGGACACGGGGCUAUAAUAUCUCCUCUGUUGGUGCAUUUCAGGGUACCGGCGCUGCGGAGAGGGGGCUUCCCUCGCAGAUGGCGCCUCAAACACCAGGGCCGGUGUGCUGGAGGUGCGGACGGCCCGGUCACGUGCGCCGGGAGUGCUCCAUGAUGGAGGUGGGGCAGGUGAUGCGGGUUGUCGGGCCUCCAGCACCCGCCCCCGAUCUGGGGGAGACGUACUGCGUCCCGAUAAGGGUACAAGGGAGUACAUACCGGGCGAUGGUGGAUUCGGGCUGUAAACAGUCCAUGAUCCACCAAAAUCUGGUUCGACCCGGGGUAUUGAGGCAUGCAACACGGGUGAAAAUUAGGUGUAUUCAUGGGGAUGUGCACGAGUACCCUAUUGUGCCAGUGGAAAUUUUACAUAAAGAUCAAAAGCAUAAAGUCAAGGUUGCCGUAAGCGCGCAACUUACGCACCCCGUAAUUCUAGGGACGGAUUGGCCGGGAUUUAACCAGUUGGUGACGCAAUGUGUGGGGGUGCGUUCACGGACAGUAGGCGAGGGGAGUAUCC